AUGGUUUCUACUGCUACAAUGGCGCCUGUUAUCCAAGACGGCCUUGCACCCAUCACGUACACUGCCUUAAAGAUCAGUUCUGCGAUACCUACCUGCAAGUCUGUAGGAAGGGAGUACGAAGGUGCUAUCACCAACAACAGUGCGGGGCAGCAAACGUCUGCAAGGGUGGGGUGUGUUCAAAGCGGGAGUGCCGUAUGCACAAAGAUUGCCCUGGUAACGACUCUUGCGAAUCGGGAAUCUGUACGAAGUACGAGAGUUACUGUUAUGAGGGAUACAACAACUACUGCAAAUACGGAUAUGCUUGCCUCAACAGUAGGUGUAUUUUUUGUUCAAGCGGCUAAUUUUACUUUUUAUUUGCGGCGCAAGGGUGUGACGUCGCGGUUGCACUGGCAGCCCACUGAUAUGGUCCGGGUUCUUAUCACAGGCGUAAGAUUUAAACUGAUGGUGUCCUCCUUUGAGAUAUUUUUGCGCUCUUGGCAAAAGCUACGUGUACUUGUUCAAUUAGAAAUAAGACUAAUAAAAGCCUUUUGUAAACUUGUAUGAUUUUGCCGAGUCUGGCACUGGCUGCAUGUAGAUGCUUUGCUCUCUGAUUGGCUCAUAGGACUGCCUGCGCAAUUUGUAGCAGGUGACACCUGCCAUUGUGAUUUAGUUUUGGUUUUGCGACACUACAUAGCAAUCACCCUUUUCGACAAAAAAAUUCGGCGUACUUGAACUCCGAUAAUAACCCCCUCAUCCCAGCACGGCUGGUACUCAAAACUCUCCAUUUUGUUAUUUUGGUAGAAAAAUGCACGAAGAAAGAAUGCUCCAAUAACUAUGACUGCAAGAUUGGCAACCAUUGCGCCAAAGGAUUUUGCAAACCUAUAAAGGACUUCUGUAGGAGUGACGGUGACUGUGCUGAAGACCAGUGCUGCGCGGGUAAUGGCGACAGGGGAGGGGUCUGUCGGGACUUACGAAAACCAGGUUCUUGGUGCCCUCUACAGGUAAGAGUCUGUUGAUUUACAUCCCAUGGCUUUGCAAGCUAGUUCAUACCCCUGAAGUGAUUGGUGCAUUCGAUUAAAAUGAUAACCACCUUAGAUUUUACCAACAAGUAAGAAUUGUUUGAACUGUGUUAAAAUAAAAUUCUAUUUAUGCUUGAGUUCCAAGAUAAGUGAUUGUCAAACCUUACUGCUUUCUUGACGUAUUUUUGCCAAACAAAUUCGUUGGGAAAACCAGCAUUUUUUCUUAAAAAUGACUUGUCCACAUGCCGGUCAUGACCUAGUUGCCAUAGGAACCGUCGUUCAACCAGAUUUGCUGAAAUAUGCCUUAGGAAUAAAUAAACAUUCACCGAAGAGAAGAGAUACUGAGUUAGAGCUCUUUUUGAAAAAAAAAGAAAAGUCAGAGAAAAGCAUUUAGGCAGAGGAACUUCAUAUCAUGACCUGAAGACCCGGUCGUUCCUAUAUCAUGAUAGUCCUUUUUCGUGCUAUAUGAAUGAUUAUUUUAAAAUGUACCAUGAUCGACAAAGUUCUGUAUCACGUUUCAAUUAACGCACCCUUUGCAUGGUCGUUCAAAAAUAACGCUCUAACAGUUUGAGUUUGUACUAUAAGGGUUUUUUUAAAACUUCCCGGAGAGGGGUAAGAAUUUUCACUCACACCAUUAAUUUAUUUCUCCUCAGCAAAAUUUGGAGGCCUGUCCAUGUGUGACUGGCUACGUGUGCAACAUAAAAACAAACAUCUACUGGGGUCAAUGUGAGGCCGUCGAUGGCGGAUCGGGGUCUGGAUCCGGAUCGGAGGACUUCUAAACGACAUCAUCACUAGGAAAACAGUUACUAUCAAAACUUUUACUUGGAUUAACACUUUGUUAGGAAGAAACUUCCAAUAAAGUUUUGAAAUUCUGCUAGACCGUGUUUAUUUUAAUUAUAUUGAUCGACUUUAAGGUUUAAGUGCCCUUUAUUAUUUCAAAUAAAACUGUUAAAACUUACUCGACAAUCAUGACAAGUAGCUAUCAUAUUAAACUUAACAUAAGUUCUUACAGCACUGCUGCCAAAGCAUAGAUACACAACUUAGCCAAAAAGAAGUUAGUAGAGACAAAAUGGGAAAAAGUUCUGAAAUAGGAAUUUAUAAAAAAAAUAUAAUAAAAAAAACUAUGGAAAAUGUUCGAAGGCAAUUGCAACUGAUUGAAAUUUAGGACCUAAAACUGCACUUUCUCCCAAAAUUGAGGGGAACUGAAAAUGCGUUUUUAGUUUGCUAUGAUCUGCAAUGCAAGUUUAGAGUCUAUUUUCACUAGUUGUUUUGUCGGAUCCACCAGUUUCAAAAACUAAUUUGAGAUAGUUUUUUUUAGGUAGGGGUGGGGUGGGAAUUCACUGAAGUUAGUAAUGGCAGAGGUUAAGAUAUCAUUGCAAUUUUGUGUUGCUUUCUUAUUCCUCAUCUUUCCCAGGAACUUAAAUCAAAUUUGCUGUGCCAUUAGCAUUAACAUACAGCUCUAGUGUCCCCUUGUAUUUUCUCAUUUUUUGACUAUUGACCGCGCGCUAUUAUAGCGGACUUUAAGAUUCUUGGUCAGUUUGAUGGCACGGCUUACCAAAACUUAGAACUGGCUACUGGCCAGGGCAUUUUGCCGGAAAAUGAAAUAGUCUAGCUCGAGAGUCUAAAUUUCGCCGCGAAAAAAAAUUAUCACUGCUGUGCAUGCAAACUAUUUAUAGACUGAUCUGACUGGGCUGUCUUGAUUAACAGAGUAAACAGUUCUCAGGAAAGGACCAGCCUUGUCAAAGCUGCCCCCAUGCAGAGAAAAACGAGGCUCAUCGGUGUGGCCUUGAAAGAUCCGGACAUGACCAUGGCGGCCGCCGCGGGGAAGCCAUUACACUCGUCACUCGAACAGCAAUUGACAGUGCACUUCUGCACUUCUAUUCCAAAGUACUCGUACCAAACAUCCUUAUUGCAAAUUCUCUCCUUUACAGUGGCGCACUUGGACUGUAUAACGAAGAAAAAUUUGAGUUAAGCGUUUAA